AUGGCUCUGGCAUGCACAGCUCUGUGCUCCUCUGUCCUCACAGCUGCGGUCCUCUGGGUCUUUGUGAAGCACAGAGACACUCCCAUUGUUAAGGCCAAUAAUAGGACCCUCAGCUACAUCCUGCUCAUCGCCCUCUUCCUGUGUUUCCUCUGCUCCUUACUCUUCCUUGGCCGUCCCAACACAGCCACCUGCCUCCUCCAGCAAAUAACAUUUGGCCUUGUGUUCACAGUGGCUGUUUCCACCAUGCUGACCAAGACCAUCACUGUAAUUCUGGCCUUCAAGGUUACAAAACCUGGAAGAACUAUCAGGUGAUUGCUGGUAUCAGGAGCUUCUAACAUCCUCAUUCCCAUCUGCUCCUUGAUCCAACUGGCUCUCUGUGGCAUCUGGUUGGGAACUUCUCCUCCAUUUAUUGAGUUAGACGCCCACUCUGAGCCCAGCCACAUCAUCCUGAUGUGCAACAAGGGUUAUGCCACUGCCUUCUACUGUGUCUUGGGCUACCUGGUCUACCUGGGCUCCUUGGCCCUGGCCAGCUUCACUGUGGCUUUCCUAGCCAGGAACCUGCCUGACACGUUCAAUGAAGCCAAGUUCUUGAUGUUCAGCAUGCUGGUGUUCUGCUGUGUCUGGGUGACAUUUGUACCAGUCUACCACAGCACUAAAGGGAAGGUCAUGGUGGCUGUGGAGGUCUUCUCCAUCUUGGCCUCGAGUGCAGGGCUCCUGGGCUGCAUCUUUGCCCCCAAGUGA